CAAGAACGUACGUUGUUUCAGAGAUUAUCAGAGUCGUCACAUCCAAUUGCACUCUUUUUUUUGAUUUUUUUCAAAGCGUCUACUAUUUUAGUAUAUAUACUUGGAGGAAUACUAUUCAGAGAUAAUUUUAUUUUACAGUUCAUUACAGUUAUAUUACUAUCAUCGGGAGACUUUUGGAAUGUUAAGAAUAUAUCGGGUAGGUUGUUAGUUGGGUUACGGUGGUGGAAUGAGACGUCGAUUAAGGGAGAGAACGUUUGGGUAUUUGAGAAUUGCGAUCCAAGCAGAUACAUCAAUCCCAUUGACAGCAAGGUAUUUUGGAUGAUGAUAUAUGCUGUGCCAGUGAUUUGGGGUUUUUUGGGGAUAAUUUGUGUUUUAAAGCUUGAGUUUUUGAGUUUGAUCAUGGUGAUAGUAACUUUGACAUUGAACUUGAUUAAUUGUGUUGCGUAUACCAAAUGCGACAAAUUUGGGAAAGUGAAUAAUUUGCGAGAUAACAUA